CAAAAGUCACAAGACUUCUCAGCUGAGGUUUUUCGAUCUCGCUUUUUGUAUAUUUUCGGGGAACGAUUUCCGGAGUUUCUUAUAAUUUUGUGCAAGUCCUUUUUCAUUAAAUUGUAGCCAAAAUGGCUAACAUUAAUGAAGAGAAUGUUAACAGACUCAUCCCCUCUCUUGGGGAUGAUAAAAUUGAUAUGAUUGCUGCAACCAGUGUGUUGCAAAUAAGAGCAAGUGAAAUUCGUACUUCUCAAAUCAACUGGCAAUCAUAUUUGCAGUCGCAGAUGAUUAAUCAGCGGGAUCAUGAUUUCAUUGUAAACUUGGACCAGCGUGGACAGAAAAAUUUGCCAGACCAAAACCCUGAAGGUUGUGCCGAUGUGUUCUUGAAUUUGCUUACCCACAUUAGCAAAGAUACCACCAUUCAAUAUGUGCUGGUACUCAUUGAUGACAUUUUGUCUGAAGAUAAGUCGCGGGUUAAAAUCUUCCGCACUUCAAAACAAGGUAAUGUGUGGCAACCCUACCUGAACUUACUGAACCGUCAAGAUGAAUUUAUACAACACAUGACUGCCCGCAUCAUUGCAAAGCUGGCUUGCUGGCAUCCACAGCUUAUGGAAAAGAGUGAUUUGCACUUCUACUUGUCUUGGCUCAAGGACCAGCUCAAAUCAAAUGCGGAGAAAGUGUCUGCCGAGUUAGAGCAUGCUGAGCAGGUUAUGUUGGAGCACGAGAAACAAAAUUUCUCCGAUAAACACAUUAGACAUCACAAGGAGAAGAGCGGUGACAAAACGAACGGAUCGAACGAUAAAUAUUCGGCCCUUUACAGUUCGUUCGACGUACUGAAAUCGCAUGAGGACUUACCACCGGGCCUGCACAAGAACAACGACUACAUCCAGUCAGUGGCCCGCUGCCUGCAGAUGAUGCUGCGUGUUGAUGAGUACCGUUUUGCCUUCCUCUCCGUCGAUGGCAUCUCUACACUGCUUUCCAUUCUGGCUUCUCGAGUUAACUUCCAGGUACAAUACCAGCUGGUGUUCUGCCUGUGGGUGCUCACCUUCAACCCGCUGCUUGCAGAAAAGAUGAACAAGUUCAACGCGAUCCCGAUACUGGCGGACAUACUCAGCGACUCUGUCAAGGAGAAGGUCACGCGUAUCGUGCUCGCCGUCUUCAGGAACCUGAUCGAGAAGACAGAGGAUCAACAGGUUGCAAAAGAGCACUGUAUCGCUAUGGUGCAAUGUAAGGUGUUGAAGCAAUUGUCCAUUCUGGAACAGAAGCGCUCUGAUGAUGAGGAUAUCAUGAAUGAUGUGGACUUCCUCAAUGAACGCUUGCAAGCAUCAGUGCAGGACCUGAGCUCCUUCGAUCAGUAUGCUACUGAAGUUAAAAGUGGACGGUUGGAAUGGUCGCCUGUGCACAAGUCGGCGAAGUUCUGGCGCGAGAACGCGGCGCGUCUCAACGAGCGCGGACAGGAGCUGCUCCGGACGUUGGUUCACCUGCUGGAGAAGAGUCGCGACCCAGUCGUGUUGGCCGUAGCCUGCUAUGACAUCGGCGAGUACGUGCGUCACUACCCGCGCGGCAAGCACAUCAUCGAGCAACUGGGCGGGAAACAACGCGUCAUGUACCUGCUGAGCCACGACGAUCCCAACGUGCGCUACGAGGCCCUGCUCGCUGUUCAGAAACUGAUGGUCCACAAUUGGGAAUACCUCGGCAAGCAAUUGGAGAAAGAGCAGAUUGACAAGCAGUCUGGUGGUGCUACUGCGGUCGGAGCUAAAGCCUAAAAGAAAAUGUCUGCGGACUAUUUUUAAUGUAUUUAACGUUGUUAUUGUUAUUUAAAUUGGUUAAAAUGUUAGCCGCAAUGUUAUGGGACAAGUAUUAUUUCAGUGUAAAUAAAUAACCAUCGUUUUAAUUAUUUGAUGUUUUAUCUGUUUGAGAUUCAAAUAUUACAUGUUUUCAAAUGUAAAUAUGUAGUGCAAUGUUAAUAGUUAAAAUUAAUAACUUGUUUGAAAUUAUUUAUGAAACGAAAUAUAUUUAUGAGAUAUGUAAAGAUUACAUUCCUGUGCGAGUUCACAUUACGAACACCCAUUUGCUUAUUAGAUAUCUUGAAAUUUUAGAAAUAGCACCUCGUUAUUGUGUAAUGACGCGCCAUUAAAAUGUGAAAUUACUUAUA